CUCUCUCAAUCAUUCUGUGCUCUUUUAACUCCACUCGUCCAAUCAUCAUCACUUUCAAUUUUUUUUUUCUUUUUAUUUUUAUUUUUCCACAAAGAAAGCCAUUAAGUCUUAAAGAGAGAAAGCAAAGAACUCUUUAGUACAAAAUUCUCUCUCAACACGUCUCUCGCUGUUCUUGUGUGUGAUCGUGGCAGAGAGCCUUCUCUUGAAAAUCAGUUAAUGAUUUUUCUCUUCUUUUCUUUUUGUCAUAUAGCCUUUUAAUCUCCACUCUCUUUGAACCUCAUUCAGAAAAGGCGAUGCAAUGAAGCCGUCUGCUAACCAUCUGGCUUCAGGCCCUACCAAGGUUCCAAUGGCAAAUGAAUCUAAGGAAGUAAAAAGCGCAUUAUCUGGUUCUGAUGCCUACCAUACCUCAAGUGAUGCUACCCUUUUUUCUAGCUCAUUGCCUGUUCUUCCACAUGAAAAGUUGAACUUAAAUGAUACUGAUCAUACUUAUCAAUCUCUUGAUGAUAUCGCAUCUGGUUUAAAUAACCUCCAUCAAGAUGUGGAGGGCAAUGAUCCACUUGGAGACAUCGAAGCUCAUGCACUUGGAAGCUUGCUUCCUGAUGAUGAGAAUGAGCUUUUAGCAGGCAUUAUGGAUGAUUUUGACUUGAGUGGGUUGCCUAGUUCAUUGGAAGAUUUGGAGGAGUAUGACCUUUUUGGUAGCGGAGGAGGUAUGGAAUUGGAAACUGAUCCACAAGAGAGCCUGAACAUUGGUAUGUCAAAAGUGAGUCUCUCUGAUGCUGCUGUUGGAAACGGCAUUCCCCAUUAUGGUCUUCCAAAUGGUGUUGGAACCAUCGCUGGGGAACAUCCAUAUGGAGAACAUCCUUCAAGAACAUUAUUUGUUAGGAAUAUAAAUAGCAACGUGGAGGAUUCAGAACUAAGAGCUCUUUUUGAGCAAUAUGGUGAUAUUAGAACUCUGUACACUGCAUGUAAACACAGGGGCUUUGUGAUGAUAUCUUAUUAUGAUAUUCGUUCUGCUCGAACAGCUAUGCGUGCGUUACAGAACAAGCCACUAAGACGGAGGAAACUUGACAUUCACUUCUCAAUUCCUAAGGAUAAUCCUUCAGAGAAGGAUAUUAAUCAAGGAACUUUGGUAGUUUUUAAUUUGGAUCCAUCAGUUUCAAAUGAAGAUCUUCGUCAAAUAUUUGGGGUUUAUGGCGAGGUUAAAGAGAUAAGGGAAACACCACACAAGAGACACCAUAAGUUCAUUGAAUUUUAUGAUGUUAGAGCUGCAGAACAAGCUCUUAAGUCUCUGAAUAGGAGUGACAUAGCUGGUAAACGCAUUAAGCUUGAACCUAGUCGCCCUGGAGGAGCUCGUCGCAACUUGAUGUUGCAACUGAAUCAAGAGCUUGAACAAGAUGAAUCUCGGGGUUUCAGACAUCAAAUUGGUUCCCCAAUAGCCAAUUCUCCACCAGGUACCUGGGCCCAGUUUAACAGUCCUAUAGAGCAUAGUCCAAUGCACUCUCUUAGUAAGUCCCCUGUUUUCAGGACCAUGAGCCCAACGACUACCAAUCAGUUACCUGGUCUGGCAUCUAUACUGCAUCCUCAAGUGUCAAACUCCAUGAAAGUUGCACCUAUUGGCAAGGACCAAGGGAGGGGUAGUCAUGUAGAGUAUUCGUUUACCGGUACAAAUUCAACCCAUGCAGCUGGGUUUCAACUUUCCCAUUCAUUGCCAGAGCCAAAGCUGAGCCAAUACCAUGGAACCACAUCUACUUUUGGUCCAUCAAAUGGUUCGAGUGUGGAAACAUUAUCUGGGCCACAGUUUCUUUGGGGAAAUCCAAAUUCAUAUACAGAUACCAACUCUUCAGUCUGGCAAACAUCAUCCUUGGGGCAUCCGUUCUCAUCCAAUGGAAAGGGCCAUGGCUUUCCAUACUCAGGUCGGCAAGGAUCUUUCUCAGGCUCAUCCCAGCACCAUCAUCAUCAUCAUCACAUUGGAUCUGCUCCAUCUGGUGUUCCUCUGGAAAGGCACUUUGGUUUCUUCCCAGAAUCAUCAGAUACUUCAUUUAUGAGUUCUGCUGCUUUUGGAGGCAUGGGUGUGGGCCACAGUGAUGGUGGUUUUAUGGUUAAUAUGGGUUCUCGUGCUGCUAUUAGUUCAGGUAUUAGCAUUCCACGGAAUGUGUCUGAGAAUGGUUCAUCAAGUAUGAGAAUGAUGUCUUCACCUAGGUUGAGUCCUGUAUUUUUGGGCAAUGGCCCAUACCCAGGACUAGUACCUAAUGGUAUGGAGGGGUUAACUGAGCGUGGGAGGAGCAGACGGGUUGAAAAUAAUGGGAACCAGCUGGAUAACAAAAAGCAGUUUCAGCUGGACUUGGAUAAAAUUAUUAGUGGCGAAGAUACUCGGACAACCCUGAUGAUAAAAAAUAUUCCAAAUAAAUAUACCUCAAAGAUGUUGCUGGCUGCCAUUGAUGAAAAUCACCGGGGGACUUAUGAUUUUCUCUAUUUGCCCAUUGAUUUUAAGAAUAAGUGCAACGUGGGCUAUGCCUUUAUCAAUAUGCUAUCUCCUUCGCACAUUGUUCCAUUUUAUGAGGCAUUUAAUGGAAAGAAGUGGGAGAAGUUUAAUAGCGAGAAAGUUGCUUCUUUGGCAUAUGCUCGAAUCCAAGGAAAGGCAGCCCUUGUUGCCCACUUCCAGAAUUCAAGCUUGAUGAAUGAAGAUAAGCGCUGCCGCCCGAUUCUCUUUCACUCCGAGGGCCCAGAUGGUGGUGAUCAGAGCAUCCCAGAACAUCUGCACUCUAGUUUGAAUAUCAUCCGCCAGCCAAAUGGGUCUCACUUGGGUGAUUCUUCAGGUAGCCUUCAAGAGAGAGAUGUUGGUGAGGAGCCAGAAACAUUUUAACAGCAUAUUGGAAGGAGAUUGCCCUCGUACCAAAUUCUUUGGGGGCAGUGAGUGCUAACUUAUGCGUACAUGCUCAACUGUAUAAACAUAGGAAGAGGUGAACCACCUAUAACAGGAUGCAGAUUUUGUGUAGUCUGACUCUUAAGUAGUGGAGCGUUUGAACCAGUAGGGUGCUUUGUGGUUUGUGAACAGAUCACCGUCUUAUUUUUUUGCAUUUGAGAGGAUGUUACAGGAUUCUGCAUGAUUAAUUCUGCCUUUCCUCUCUGUUUUGGGUCUUUUGUGGUGUUUAGGUGAGCUGGAAUUGGAUAGUUUAAAUAUGCAAAUAUAAUGUCUAUAUGUCAAAAUGGAUAUGUGUUGUGAGAGUUGAGAUUUUGAGGGUUAGGGAUGUAACAUUAGUGUCAUUCACAGAAAAUUGUAUAGUGCAACAUACAGACUUUGUUUUUAUGAAUCACAUGUUUUGGUUUUCUA